AUGGCGAGCCCAGAAGCGGCGGCAAUCUUGAGAGAGUUACAAGGGAAAAACGGGAACGGGACGUGCGUGGACUGCUCGACGAAAAAUCCACAGUGGGCCUCGGUCUCGUUCGGGUCGUUUAUAUGUUUAGAAUGUUCCGGCGUUCAUCGCUCGUUGGGGGUGCACUUAUCGUUCGUUCGCUCGGUCGGGAUGGACUCGUGGAACGCGACGCAAUUGAAGAAGAUGCAACUCGGAGGGAACGCGAAAGUGAAUCAGUUCUUGGCGAAACACGGCGUUCCGAAAGACGCGCCGAUACACUUGAAAUACGACUCGGCUGCCGCGGAGGCGUUUAGAGAGAAAAUCAGAGUGGAAGCGGAUGGAGGGAAGUACGCGGAACCGGCGAAUAUUCCGAAAGGUUUGAAGCAAAAUACCGGGGAAACGCCGGCGCAUCAACGAACCGGGUUCGAGAACGGACAAACGCUGGGGAGUUCGAAAGGGACGACGGGAAUGGGAAGUCGAUCGAGCCAGAAUAACUUACAAAAAGGGGGAAGCGGCGGUGUUAGUAAUAAUAAUAAUAAUAAUAAUAGCAAUAGAUCGGAGUACUCCAUGGCGGAAAUGGAAGCGUCGGCGUCGAGAAAAGAAGCUUUUUUCGCGCAGCAACAGGCGAGAAACGCGGCGAAACCGGAAGGUAUCGCGCCGAGCCAAGGCGGGAAAUUCGUCGGUUUCGGAUCGCAACCGCCUCCGGGGAGAAGUAAGAGCAGCGCGAACGACGACGUCUUAGGAAGCAUGUGGAACGGUUUGAGUUCGGUGACGAAGUCGUUGGCGGAUACGACGUUAUCGGCUGCGCAAAAAGCGAAAGAAGCGGCUUCGCGCGCGGCGGAUCAAGAGUCCAUGGAAAGCGCCAAGCAAGCCGCGAAUAAAGCGGGUAGUUGGUUUUCCUCGGCGCUGAGUUCAGUAGCAACUGGGGUGUCGAGCUUAGCUUCGGAUAUUCCGAAAACGCUCGGGGCGGACGAUUCGAGCGGCAACGCGUUUCCGAGACCGGAAGGGUACGUCGAUUUGCGCCCACCGAAAAGUCCAAACUCGAGAUUUGUCGGGUUUGGUAACGACGACGAAUGGGGAGACAACGCCGGAGGCGACGAAGAGGACGAAGAGGACGAAUGGAAACCGGCGUCAAAACAACCACAACAACAACAAGGAAUGAGUUCCAAUAACGCGUCAAAAUCGUCCAUGAACUCAAUUUCAAGCAAUUCUUUAUCCAACUCGCAACCGAAGAAGCAAACGCAACAGCAAAAGCCGAAGUGGGACAACAACAAUAACGACGUUGACGACGACGACGAUGACGCCGAUUGGGGCACGUAA